AUGUCGUCGGGUUGGAAAUACGCCUUUGCGCUGUCCAAAGAGGAUGUCAAAAACAGCACUCCUCCAGGCACCGUGGCGCUAGUUUCUCACGAUCCGGCCGACGUCGAACAUGCCCGCGAUACCAUCGUCAAGUUCCCCGUCCCCUCCUCCGACCCCGCGGACCCUCUCAACUGGGCCCCCUGGCGCAAGACCGCAUUGCUUCUCGUCGCCUCCCUCUACGCCUUCGUCGCCAACUACUGCAGUUCUGCCAUCGCCCCCGCCUUGCAGAUCUGGUACCCCAACUUCCCCACGGAGCCCAAGCCCUACUCCACGUUGACGCAUCUAAUCGCGGUCAAUGUUCUCAUGCUCGGCGCGAGUAACAUAUGGUGGGUACCGCUGUCCAACUGGGCCGGCCGCCGCCCCGUGCUCAUCGUCGCCACCCUCAUCUUGACCCUGUGCACCAUGUGGUGCGGUCUCGCGACAUCCUUCGACUCUCUCCUCGCCGCCCGCUUCUUCCAGGGUGUCGGUGGCGGUGCCGCUGAUACCGUCGCUCCCGUCUUGAUUGGCGACGUGUACUUUGUCCAUGAGCGAGGCCGUGCCAUGGCCGUCUACACCUUCUUCCUCGCCGCCGGAUCCAUCGUCGGCGGCAUCGCUGGCGGGUACGCCGCCUUCCAGCUCGGCUGGGCCUACAAUUUCUGGAUCUGCACCGCCCUCGCCGGCGCCGUAUGCCUCGGUACCAUCUUCGUCGUUCCCGAGACCCUGUACGACCGCCCCGCCCAAGUCGAGCGAGCCUCCACUCCCUCCGACGAUUCGGGCAGCAAGAAAGAGGGCGGCGCCGCCAGCCAUAUCCAAGUGGCCGACGCCUACCGCCCCUUCACCUUUUCCCGCUCCCUGGGCUUCGGCCCCAUCCGCGGGAACCUCAUCAGCCUCUUCUUCCAACCCUGGCGCACCCUCGCUCUCCCCGGUACCUGGGUAGUCAUGCUCCACUACGCCGGUCUCGUGGGUGGUAUCGUGACCAUCUCCGUCGUCGGCGCCCAGCUCGUCUCCAUGCCGCCGUACUUGUGGGGCGCCAGCGCCGGCCUCAUCAACAUUGGUGGCCUCGUCGGCACCGCCCUCGCCACGGUGUACACCUUCCUCGUCUCCGAUGCGCGCCUGAAGAGCCAGGCGAAGCACGACGCGCACGGCUUGGCUGAGCCCGAGGACCGUCUCCCAACCAUGUUCCCUCCUCUGGCUAUCGCGACCGGUGGAUUCUUCGUCUUUGGGUUCUGCGGCCAGUAUCCCGGUGGUACCCGGUGGGUGGGCCUCGAGGUCGGUUUCGGCAUGGUCGCCUUUGGUCUCAUGCAAGCGCCGUCCAUUGGCUUCAACUACUUGAUCGACUCCUACGGCCAUCUUGCCGGAGACUGCUUCCUCAUCGUCACCAUUCUUCGCUCCAUCAUUGCCUUUGCCUGGACCUUCUUCGUGUCCGGCUGGGUUACCGACAAGGGCACCGCUGAGCCAUUCGGCAUCUUUGGCAUGCUGAUGGGCAUCUUCUCCCUCCUGACUAUUCCUCUCUGGCUCUAUGGAAAGCGUAUGAGGAUUGCGAGGGCUCAUCACCAGUAG